AUGCCAAAAGAGCAUAGCGUUCCCAGGGAUAUGCCAAGGGAUAUGGAUCUGAAGCCCACGUACAGCAGCAAUGAGCCUAUCAAGAAAGUUUUCAGUGUCGACGAUGGCAUAAACGAGAUCGAGCGCGAUAUCCGAUUUCUGGAGGGGCUUCAAGAGGGCUUGAAAUUCGCAACCUCGAGCAAAAAAAAUCCCCAUAACACGGGCACCCCUACCUCUGGGAGGCCGACUUCUCUGAGACAUAAACACUCAACGGCGACAAAUUUGGGUGAAAGUGACCACGGUGGCGAUUCCGUGACAACGGAGGAUCCGGAAGAUCAAAAUUCCUUAGCAUCCGUCGAAUCUUACACGCUGAGAGACAAACAAGACGCCAUUAAUGAAACUCAUCCCUUUGGUAUAAGGAUAUGGAAGCCGGCGUUGUACAAGAAACAUCGGUCGGUGCAGAAAGCUGCGGCCCAAGACAUUCAUGAAACCAAGUACAAAAACAUCGACUGGAAAGUGCAUGCGUCCAAUGUCGUUUGGUCUCUACUCAUCGGAGUCCCGCUUUUCUGCUUUCUUUCGUUCUGUGCCCUUUUGGUCGUGGUUUUCGGGCUGUUCACUGUUCAUUCUCUCGAAUACGGGCUUGUGUUAGUCAAACUUGGUCGCUAUUUGAUCUGGCCCUUUGGCAAGGUCGUCAUGCUUGUGAACGACCAGCAGUAUCUGCACGAGGACCGAAACGAGGGUAUUUCAGUCCAACAAUUUUACAGCUGGGUCACAAGUUACAGCAAUAAGCUUUUCUACCACAGACCCCACUCCUUGCAUCGCUCGUACGGUGCUGUUGACAACGAACAGCAAAGGCGGCUUUUCGGUCGCGGGAAAUGGUCACUCGGUCGACUAGCUUUUUAUUUUAUUCUCUAUCUUCUCGUCCAGCCCGUGCUUCUGACAUUGGCAAUUCUGUCAUUUUUAGGAGUCUUUACCAUUCCCAUGAGUAGCAUCCUAUGGAACUUGAUGUACCACUGUCGUCGUCAUCCUCUGGCUUUGGAAUUCAAGCAACUAUCGCAGACACCAUGCGAUGCCACCGACAAGGCUGUUCUUCUUUGCACCUUCCGUUGCGCAGGUUUGCAUUAUUAUAAAUUCACCGUUGACGGUACUAAUGUCAUAGUCAUGAACUUAUUGGCGGUUGUCGUUUUCACCAUUGUUGAUUUCUAUCUGCUACAGUCCUUCUUCAAGAUAAGUGAGAGCGCGAUUUUUUGCUUGUGCCUACUUUCUAUCAUCCCACUUGCAUUUUACAUUGGCCAGGCGGUUGCGUCCAUUUCGGCACAAACGUCAAUGGGUCUCGGUGCUGUUAUAAACGCAUUUUUUUCUACUAUAGUUGAGAUCUUUUUAUACUGCGUGGCAUUGAGACAAGGGAAAGGUCUUCUUGUGGAAGGUUCCAUGAUAGGCUCCAUUAUGGGCGCGGUUUUACUUUUGCCCGGACUUUCGAUGUGUGGUGGAGCACUGAACCGUAAGACUCAGCGCUAUAAUCCAGCAAGUGCUGGUGUAUCAUCGGCCAUGCUUAUAUUUUCCAUGAUGGUAAUGUUUAUUCCUACCGUCAUUUAUCAAUUAUAUGGUGGAUACAUCAUGGAAUGCACAGAUCUCAAAGGAAACAAGAAACAGCAAUGCUAUUUCAGGCAACCACCUUUAAAAGUUAAUCAACUCUUCACGAAUGUCAUUAAGCCUAUGUCGAUUUUCUGUGCUGUGAUACUUUUCUUUGCCUACAUUAUGGGCUUAUGGUUUACAUUACGCACUCAUGCGGCCAUGAUCUGGCAGAUUCCAGAGAAACAAGCUAUCUCGGGCACUCAGUCUACCGAGCUUCCCGAAGAAGGAGAACAAGCAGGAGGCCACGAUGCCCCUAAUUGGACAAGAAAUAAGUCCGCCAUAAUACUGCUCGUCGCCACUUUGCUUUACGCAAUAAUAGCAGAAAUCCUGGUAGAUUGCGUUGAUAACGUCCUAAAGCAAUUCCCGUCGCUUAAUCCUAAGUUCUUGGGUCUCACGAUUUUUGCGCUUGUUCCAAAUACAACGGAAUUUCUCAAUGCCAUCUCAUUCGCAAUGCACGGCAAUGUCGCGUUAUCAAUGGAAAUUGGUAGCGCGUACGCUUUGCAGGUGUGUCUUCUUCAGGUUCCGGCCUUGGUGCUCUUUUCUAUGCUUUACUACAGCCAUGAAGCGUCAGAGUUAAUUAGCAUCAGGGACCAAAUGUUUUCUAUGGUUUUCCCCAGUUGGGACAUGCUAGCGUGCAUGUUGAGCGUGUUUCUGUUCACCUACCUCUACGCCGAGGGUAAAUCCAAUUAUUUCAAAGGUUCUAUUCUCAUGCUCUUGUACACGGUUCUGACAUUUGGCUUUUUUCUGCAAGGGUCCAUGGAACUGAGUACCAAGACUCCAUAG